AUGCUGAGCGAGCAAUUGGGUAGCGAUGAGUCGCGUGGUCUUCUUUUGGCUGUGGAUCGAAUGCGUGAACUAUUGCUCGAUGAGAGAGUCACACUACCUGAGAUUGUUGUCGUUGGUGAUCAAUCUGUAGGUAAAUCAUCAGUGUUGGAAGCAAUAUCAGGUAUUCAAUUACCCCGAGCACAAAAUAUUUGUACGCGGUGUCCGCUUGAGUUGCGAAUGAAAACAGCAACAAAUCAAGAGUAUGCAACGAUACGUAGUAGUAUGGACUCUGCUAACGAGAAACGCAUUGACGAUUUUACAACAAUAGCCGCCGAAGUCGCUCGGUUAACAUCGGAAAUUGCCGGUAAUGGGGUGAACGUCAGCGCAAAUCCUAUUUACUUAACGGUGUACAAACAUGAUAUUCCGUAUGAUCUGACACUAGUUGAUCUUCCUGGUAUCACACGAAAUGCUAUAUCUGGUCAAGCGGACGAUAUUCAUGAGCAAAUUCUAAGUUUGAUUAACAAAUAUAUUGAACCAUCGACUGCGAUUGUUCUACAUGUGAUUCCGGCUUCGACUGAUUUUACUACAUCCGAAUCGAUGAAACUUGCCAAGAAAUUUGAUUCGCAAUGUCAGCGGCAACUAAUUGCGGCCUCUAAGAUUGACAAAUUCGACAAAGGUAUCGCCGAUAAAUUGCAGGGUCGUGGUUCUGGCUCUAUGGAUCUACAGUUGGGCUGCGUCGCAGUGCUCAAUCGGAAUCAGCACGAAAUUGAUCAAAAUAUUUCAUUCGAAGAGAUGAGAAAACGUGAAAAGCAAUUCUUUAUUGAUCAUAAAGACGAAUUUCAAGAUCUACCCGAUGAUUACAAAGGAAGCGAACAAUUAGUCCGUCGUUUAGCUACCAUACAGCAAGAACGCAUUCGUCUGACAUUACCAGACAUAAUCAAAAAUUUGAAAAAGCAAAUAAAGGAAAAAAAAAAUAAAUUGAAAAAGCUUCCUGUUUCGUUGAAUACUGAAGCGGACUGUUGGGCCAUUUUUCAAUCAAUGAUUAAUACGUUCCGGGAAAGUAUCAAUGACAACGUGAAAGGUGAAUAUGAUCAGGUGGCGUCUAUGAAUACUGUGCAACAUAAGACUACGUUGACUACUCAAGAUAAUCAACUUGAAUCAGAGUAUAUAUUAGAUGAAAAUGAUGAAGAAGAUGAAGAUUAUGAAGAAGAUGAAGAUUAUGAAGAAGAUGAGAAUCAUAUAGCGUAUCACAUUUACCAAAUACAACGCAAGUUUCAAGACGAUUGUCGGAACAGUUUCACAAACUUCUUCUCAUCUCAAUAUCAUAAAGUCGUACUUCGAGAAAUCGAUCGAGCCGCUGGUAUAUCUCUGCCUAACUUUCCAAGUUAUCAAAUAAUCGUAGGGCUCUUUCGUAAAGAACUACAAAAAUUUCCCGAAUGUUGUUACAAUGCAGUCGACCAGAUGCAUGAAUAUAUGAAUCGAUGCUUAUUACGAUUGUUCGAUCAAGCGUUCAGUAAUGAUUAUCCUCGGCUAAAACAACGUCUGAAAGACAUCAUUGGAAAAAAAUUAAGUGACAAAAAAGAAAAACUGCAAGAACGCGUUGAGGAAAUACUCGAUACGGAACGACGUGUAUUCACUCUCAAUCAUUACUAUAUGGAUACGGUGAACAAAGAAAAACAACAUAUGAAGAAAAAAAAGGAGCAAUCAAGUACUGCCUCUUCAUCAUCAACAGUUGUGCAAAAGGUGAAAACUGUCAGUGAUGAACUUGCUUAUGCAUCUAUGUCUAACGAAGCACAAGCGGCAACUGACAUUCAAAUCUCUUUGCAUUCCUACUCAAAGGUCGUGGAAAAGCGUAUCACUGACAACAUCGCACAAGUAUGCUACUAUCAUUUCAUCACCAAAUGUGCACUGAAAAUGGACGAGCUGUUGAGCUGCUCAAUGCCUUCAUCACAACUGCUUCAAUACAUGCGCGAACCACACCAACAAACCCUUCUGCGAAAUAAACUUACGCAUAGCAUUCAAGCCUGUGAAGAGGCUUUGCAACUCGGCCAGAGACACAUAUAA